CCCCCUUACUUGUUCUCAAUUUACAAUAGGAGAGCAAGUUGGCAAACAAGUGUAUAUAUAUAGUAGCAACUAGCCAAGCAAGCAAGCAAGUAAUUAAACAAAGACAAAACCAAACAUGUCAAGGUUUAGCAACACUGUAAUAGGACUACUAAACCUGUUCACACUCUUAGCAUCAAUACCCAUCAUAGGUGGAGCCUUAUGGAUCGAAAGAAACAGUGCCACCUGCGAAAGCUUCCUUCAAACGCCGCUUCUAGUCAUCGGAUUCAUAAUCUUAAUCGUAUCAUUAGUAGGUUUCAUCGGUGCAUGUUUCCACUUGGCUUGGGCAUUAUGGGUUUACUUGGUGGCCAUGUUGCUCUUGAUCGCGGCGUUAUUAGCCUUCACGAUUUUUGGGUUCAUUGUGACGGGAGCAGGCGGCGGUCAGGCCAUUUCGGGCAGGUUAUACAAUGAGUAUCACAUAGGGGAUUAUUCACCAUGGCUAAGGAAAAGAGUUGAAGAUCCAAAAUAUUGGAUGACCGUAAAAAGUUGCAUUUUGGGGUCAAAGACUUGUAGGGAUAUAGUUAACUGGUCACCAGUUGACUAUUUGACCAAGGAUAUGUCACCCAUACAGUCAGGAUGUUGCAAGCCACCUAGUGUAUGCAACUACGAAAUGUCGACAAUGAUGGCUCAAGACUUGGACUGCUUCAAAUGGAACAACGAUCCAAGCGUAUUAUGCUACGAGUGUGACUCGUGCAAAGCUGGGGUGUUAGAGAAUAUAAGGAGGGACUGGCGAAAGCUCUCAGUUCUCACGGUUAUUAUGACGCUUCUUCUUAUUGGCAUAUAUUGCAUCGGUUGUUGUGCCUUUCGAAACACAAGGAGGUCCGAGACGGAUUACCCGUAUGGUGAAAACCGAAUGUCUAAAGUCCGACCCAGAUGGGAUUUCCAUUGGUGGAGAUGGUGGCAUGAGAGAAGACAUCAGCUUUAUUAAAAAAGUAAUUAAAUCCAUAAAAUUAGUGCCUUUUUUUUGUACCUUUCUCGGUUCUUCUUCGAUCAUCCAUGUUAUGUUCUAAGUAAUGGUUAAUUUGUAAGCACUAUCAGUUACAAAGAAUCCUUAUCCAAGGUUUUGCAAGCUCAA